AUGGCUCCCAUCAAGAACCUCAUCUGGGCAUUCCUCCUCGCUGCCGACCUCGCGGCUGCCCACAGCGUUAUUACCAAUGCUGUUGGCGACGCUGGCGGUUCUGGCAUGGCCCUCGGUGUUGACACCGCCACUCCUCGAGAUGGCACCAGGCGCCGCCCCUUCCAACAGGACGCAACUCGCUUCCGCGGUAACUCUGCUGAUACCGUUGGCGAGACUCUCGGUGGUGGCGACAACGAUAUCGAGCAGGGCACUCUCGACAUCAUGGAGGAGACUGGCGACGUGCUUCCUCAGGUCAACCCUGGUGGCAGCGUUGAGAUGACCGUCCACCAGGUCAACUCGGACGGUGCUGGUCCUUACACUUGUAUGAUCAACGCUGAUGGCACUGGCUCCUCUUGGGAGGAUAUUCCCGUGACUACCAACGUUGAAGGUAACGAGCGUGGCCGCAACCGCGACGGUGAACAGACUGACCACCCUCUCGUUGCCUCUAUUCCUGCAGGACAGAACUGUACUGGCUCUAUUGCUGGUGAAGACAAUGUCUGUCUUGUCCGCUGCCAGAAUCCUGCUCGCGCUGGUCCCUUCGGCGGUGUCAUCCCAGUUCAGAUGGCUCAGCCUGCCGAUAAUGCUAACGGCACUGCCAACGCCGCUGACACCACUGACAACGACCAAAACAAUCGAAGCAGCCGAAUCAAGAUGAUUUAG